ACGACAAUUACGACCCAAAGAAACACUUUCAAGCAAAUCUAUACAGUAAGUGCUCAUUAUUCAGCUACAAAACAAAAAAAGACAUGGCAUUGUUCCCCUUGGUAACAACUAUCGCCAAAGACCUCUUCAAUGGGGUUUUCCAUGGAAUCUUUUGGGUACCCGUCGUGGCCUGCUUGGGCGGCAUAAUCCGCGGCACCCUACGGUCCACGGUCAUCAGCUUUGUGCUCAUUUUCUUCGAGAACCGGUUCCAAUUCGAGAAUCGGGGGCAACGCGACCUCUUCAACCGCGGGAUGGAUUGGAUCGCCUGCGUGCUAGGCGAGUUCGUGCCGUCUUUCAUACUCGCUCGAAUCUUUCCCGACGUGGGCCCGUGUCUCGAUAUCAUGGUGGCGCCCGACCCGUCGACCUCGGAGACAUGCGCCUUCGUCGUCGUCUUCACCAUCAUGUGCGUGCAGCAAAGUCUCCAAGAGAUGCAGUACAGGUUGGACCUGCGCUACGCCAUGACGUGGAACAAACUAGAGGCCAUCAGGAACCAAAUGCGCACCCACCCGGGCGAGUGGGAGGUCAACGACGGAUACCGGGGCCUCAACCACCAUACCCCCGAGGAGCUGAACCGGUUGAUGGACAGACGGCGGAAAAGAGCCCUCGAAAAGGUCAAGCGCAUACAGCGGCAGCUGGUCUUGCUGAACUUGGCGUACUGCUGCGCCUGGGAGAUGAAUAUUUUCCUGGCGCACUGCAUCCACGACAGAGUCCGGACCCGCUGGCCGAAUCAGAUCUGGGACCUCCCCGUCCUCCCCAAGAGCGUGCGGAUGCAGCUGCCGGAAGACACCACCGUGCUCGGACGCAGCGCCUACUGGGUCUUGCACGGGUUGCUGGCCGCCCGUAACUACCUCAGGCUGAGCUAUGACGGAUUUGAUUCGAACGUCCACGACCUGGUGGUGGCUCCGCUGAUGAUGACCUUGCAUUGGGACGCCAUGGAAGGUCAGAAACAGGCCCUGGGUGGUCGUGUUUUCUACGGAAAGAAACUGAACCCGGCUCACAAGCACAAGAGGACGAUCUGAUGUCGGGCCAACUUCUCGACUGAGGACUGGACUAGACGAGGGACAAGCGAAAACCGGGGACUUGCUGGCAAAACUCGGUCGCUUCGGUCUCCUCGUUCCCCGAUACACUGUGUGUAGUGUGUGUAUUAUACAGACAGGUAAGCACUUUCAACUCAAAUGAUAGCUGGGUUCAAUACCUCCCCUCCCCCCCCCCCC